AGGGGCCCCUGCGUGCCCAGGUUGGUCGCAGUGCCUCGGCCGGAUCUCCGAGCGCGUCGUGCGGCUGCCGCCUGCCUGUGCAGGUGCUGCUGACUCACAGGCCUGCUCCGGCUUCCCUGACAACCUAGUUAGUGGCCGGUCCCCUGGAAACACGUCGAGACGCAACCUAGAAGAAAGGCUCGAUCUCAUGAGUUCUCUGCUUUCUUUGUUCUGCUUUUUCGCGAACAAGCUAUUUUAAGCGAAUCUUAUGACUUGUCAGCCUCUACAUUCUCUCCUGAUGGAAGAGUUUUCCAAGUUGAAUAUGCCAUGAAGGCUGUGGAAAACAGUAGUACAGCUAUUGGGAUCAGAUGUAAAGACGGUGUUGUGUUUGGGGUAGAAAAACUAGUCCUUUCUAAACUUUAUGAAGAAGGCUCCAAUAAACGUCUUUUUAAUGUUGAUCGGCAUGUUGGAAUGGCAGUCGCAGGUUUGUUGGCAGAUGCUCGUUCGCUAGCAGACAUAGCAAGAGAAGAAGCAUCCAACUUUAGGUCUAACUUUGGCUAUAAUAUUCCUCUAAAACAUCUCGCAGACAGAGUGGCCAUGUAUGUACACGCUUAUACACUCUACAGUGCUGUCAGACCUUUUGGCUGCAGUUUCAUGUUGGGGUCUUACAGUGCGAAUGAUGGUGCACAGCUCUAUAUGAUCGACCCAUCAGGUGUUUCAUAUGGUUACUGGGGCUGUGCCAUUGGCAAAGCCAGGCAAGCCGCAAAGACAGAAAUAGAAAAGCUUCAGAUGAAGGAAAUGACUUGCCGUGAUGUAGUUAAAGAAGUUGCAAAAAUAAUUUACAUAGUACACGAUGAAGUUAAGGAUAAAGCUUUUGAACUUGAGCUCAGCUGGGUUGGUGAAUUAACUAAAGGAAGACAUGAAAUUGUUCCCAAAGACAUAAGAGAGGAAGCAGAGAAAUAUGCCAAGGAAUCUUUGAAGGAAGAAGAUGAAUCAGAUGAUGACAAUAUGUAACAUUUUCUUCACCAUCCACUGGUUUACAUUUCUGUAACAGUUGCAUAUGGCUAGCACCAUGGAUUAUAUAUACCCCCUGACCAGUUUUCAUUAAAUUUUGUCUUAUAAACAUUGUUGUGUAAUGAGGAUAUCUACGUAAUAUUAAAUGUAGAUUCAUGAUUGAUUAAAAAUUCUUACAUCUGGGCCUCGAUAGCUCAGCAGUUAGCUGCUCCUCCGGGGGUUCAUAGGUUCAAUUGCCAGCACCCACAUGGCAGCUCACACCUGUCUGUAGCUCCAGUUACAGACCUCUGACACCUACAAACAGAGGUACAUGCAGGCAAAACACCAAUGAAUAUAAAAUAAAAGUAAGUGAUUUUAUAUAUAUAUAUAUAUAUAAAAUCACAAUUAAAUAUAUAUAUAUAUAUAUAUAUAUAUAUAUAUAUAUAUAUAUAUAUAUAUAUAAUAAGUACAAAUGUGUAUAUACAUACAAAUUCUUAGUGCUAUUCUGGUGUGGUAGUACAUGCUUUUAAUCCUAGUACUCUGGAGACAGAGGCAGGUAGAUCUCUUGAGUUCAAGGCUAAUAUUCAAAAACAAAAUCAAAAAAACAUAGUGCCCAGACUAAGGCUGAAAGAUUGAGCCCACAAGUUAAUUUAUAAUUUACUAUGUUUUAACUAGAAUUAAAAGAAUUUCUAGGUUUAUUCUUGUGGGUUUUUUGUUUUUUUGCAUGUUUAUGUAUAUUACAGUGCCCACGAAAGUCAGAAGAGUGCUUUAAUUAGAACUAAAGUUAUGGAUGACUGUGAAUCACGGGUACUGGGAACUGAACCCAGGUCCUGUGAAAGAGCAAGAGGUCCUCUUAAUUCUUGUAUAAUGUUCUGUUUAAUGUAAUUCUGAAACCACUACUGAGGAGGGAGCAACCAGCCUUUUGUGGAAAAUGUGACAUAUUCUAAUUUGACAUGAAUACAGAUAACAUUUCCAUAUUGCAUAAAUAUCUUAUGAUUGGAAAUUAUCUUUAUUGGCACCUGAAACAAAAACUUUAAAGUAUCAAAUAUGGCUUAAAUGUUCAUGUAAUACAAUGUUUAUAGUACUUAUCUCAUAAGAAAGAGUUCUUUUUGUUUGUUACUUUUGGUUUAUUUGAGGCAGGGUCCAUCUUUCUACAUAAGCCCUGCCUGUCCUGGAACUUAUGUAGAACAAGCUGGCUUUGAAUUCUCAGAAUUUGCCUCUGCCUCCACCAUACCUGGCCCUGUUUCUGUUGUUAAAAUGAUCUUUAAAAAAAAAAAAAGGAAAAGAAAGUUAAAUAAACACAUAUUACAAUGUAUGUAAGAUACCAGAAGAAACUUGAAAUGAA